UUUGGCAAAGAUCGCCACCGCAAUUAGCCCCGACCUAAUUAACCAAAUGCCAGAAAAGGGUUAAUUUUUGCUGGAAUUUUGCUCCGAAAUGAAAAGGAAUCGCUUUUGGCAUUCACUCGGAGAACAGGUGGUGCUUUUUGCGCGGCGAUCGACGCGCCGCCCGCGGGUGAACCGCGAAGGUCGGCCAGGUGAGAAGGUUGAGACGACUUUUCCCAUGCCUAGGGUCGCUCUGCUGAAGCUGGAGGGUGUCGUGGUCAUGGACGUGUGAGGGUGAGGUCACCGCCGUCCGAUGACCUCGCACGAGCUGUACUGCAAGGGGGCCCGGGUGUGGGUGCCCUGCGCAGAGGAUGUGUGGGAGGGCGCCGAGGUGCGCCACGACUACAAGGGUGGCGCCCUCGUCAUCCUCACGGAACGCGGAAAGGAACAAGAGCUGACCAUCAAGGACGACAAAGAGUUGCCGCCCUUGCGCAACCCAGACAUUCUGAUCGGCGAGAACGACCUGACCUCACUCUCCUACCUGCACGAGCCCGCCGUGCUCUACAACCUCAAAGUCAGGUUCUGCAGCCAGAACGCCAUUUACACCUACUGCGGAAUCGUGUUGGUCGCGAUCAACCCGUACCAUGAGCUGCCGAUUUACGGCCCGGACACGGUGUGGGCGUACCGGGGUCAGGCCCUGGGUGACCUCGACCCGCACAUCUUCGCGGUGGCCGAGGAGGCGUACACCAAGCUGGAGCGCGAGUCGCGCGACCAGUCCAUCAUCGUGUCCGGCGAGUCGGGCGCCGGCAAAACCGUGUCCGCGAAAUACGCGAUGCGCUACUUUGCCACGGUCGGCGGCGCCGCCAGCGAGACGCAGGUCGAGAAGAAGGUGCUCGCCUCCAACCCCAUCAUGGAGGCGAUCGGAAACGCGAAGACGACGCGCAACGACAACAGCAGUCGCUUCGGCAAGUUCAUCGAGAUCCACUUUGACAAGCGGCACCACAUCCAGGGCGCGAGUAUGCGCACCUACCUGUUGGAGAAGUCGCGCGUGGUGUUCCAGGCGCCGGGCGAGCGCAACUACCACGUCUUCUACCAACUGUGCGCCGCGCGGGGGUGCGCCGAGUUGGCCGAACUGAGGCUGGGGCCGUGCGAGUCCUUCCGCUUCACCAACCAGGGCGACGACGCGUCCAUCCCGGGCGUGGACGACGCGCACGCCUUCGAGGACACCAAGAACGCGCUGACCCUGCUGGGCUUCGGCCAAGAGCAGCAGGCGCGCAUCUUCCGCACCCUCGGCGCCGUCCUGCACCUGGGCAACGUGAGCAUCUGUGAGGCGCAGGAGGCCGAGAGCAGGGUGGCCGCCGACGACGCCCACCUCAAGCAGGCCUGCGCCCUGCUGCAGGUCGACGAGAAGGCGCUGCGCAAGUGGCUCUGCACCAGGCGCAUCGUCAGCAUGCGUGACGAGAUCAUGAAGGCCAUGCCGGUGGGUGAAGCUUCCGCAGCAAAAGACGCUUUAGCCAAGCACGUUUAUGCGCAGUUGUUUUCGUGGAUAGUGCGUCAGAUCAACAGAGAGUUGGAAAACACAGGCCGCGGCCAGAGUUUCAUCGGCGUGUUGGACAUUUAUGGUUUCGAGACGUUCGAAAUCAACUCGUUCGAGCAGUUCUGCAUCAACUACGCCAACGAAAAGCUGCAGCAGCAGUUCAACCAGCACGUCUUCAAGCUGGAGCAGGAGGAGUACCUCAAGGAGGAGAUCGAGUGGAAGUUGAUCGACUUCUACGACAACCAGCCGUGCAUCGAUCUGAUCGAGGCCAAGCUCGGCAUCCUGGACCUCCUCGACGAAGAGUGCAGAAUGCCGAAAGGCUCGGACAGUUCGUGGGCCGAGAAGUUGUACGAGCGGUGCAAGAAGAGCAAACACUUCAACAAGCCGCGCUUCGGCACCCACGCCUACAUCAUCCACCACUUUGCGGACGAGGUCGAGUACCAGAGUGGUGGUUUUUUGGAUAAAAAUCGUGAUACUGUGAUUGAAGAGCAAAUAGAAGUUCUUCGUCAAAGCAAAGUACGUCUCAAUCAAAAAAACAAAAUUGAAUUUAUUUUUCACGAGCUUUUGCAGGACGAGUUGAUUAGGGCGUUAUUUUUGGAAGAAGCGGCCCCAGUGAAACAAUCAGCAACCAAAGUCAAAGUCCUGCCUGCAGCUACAGGCACUGCCACAAAAAGUCACAAAAAGACGGUGGGCUCGCAAUUCCGCGACUCACUGAACAUGCUGAUGCAAACGCUGAACGCGACGACGCCUCACUACGUGCGCUGCAUCAAGCCGAACGACUCGAAGGCCCAGUUCGAGUACAACCCGAAGCGGGCGGUGCAGCAGCUGCGGGCGUGCGGCGUGCUGGAGACGAUCAGGAUCAGCGCCGCCGGUUUCCCCUCGCGCUGGACCUACCCCGAGUUCUUCCAGCGGUACCGCGUGUUGUGCCGCUCGUCAGACGUCGACCGCGCCAACAUGAAGCGCACCUGCGAGCACAUCCUGAAGCGGGUCAUCAAGGAGGAGGACCACUUUUGCUUCGGCAAGACCAAGAUCUUCUUCAGGGCCGGCCAGGUCGCCUACCUCGAGAAGCUGCGCGCCGACCGGCUGCGCGCCUGCUGCCUCAUGAUGCAGCGCACGGUCAGGGGCUGGCUGCAGCGCCGCAGGUACACCAAGAUCAUGCGCGCCGUCAGGGGCAUCCAGACCAGGGCCAGGGGCGUUUUGGCCCGACGCCGCACCCAGAACGAGCGCGAGAGACGCGCCGCCAUCAGAAUUCAGAAACAGAUUCGAGGAUGGAUGGCGCGGCAGAAGUUCCGGGCGAUCAGGAAAGCAACGGUCGGUCUGCAGACGAGGGCGCGCGGAAUGCUGGCGCGGCGGCGGUACAUGGCGUUGCGGUACAACGCGAAGGCCAUCAUCAUCCAAAGGUGGGUGCGCGGCUGGCUGGCCAGGCGGCGGUACCUGCACGCGACGACGCGACUGGUGUUGGCGCAGAGCGUCAUCCGACGCUUCCUGGCGCGCCGCAAGCUCAAGAAGUUGAAGGCCGAGGCGCGCUCGGUGGAGCACGUCAAGAAACUGAACAAGGGCCUCGAGAACAAGAUCAUCUCGCUGCAGCAGCGCAUCGAGGAGAUGAACAAGGAGCAGCAGCGCCUCAAAGGCGCCUCGGGCGACCUCAGUGUCACCAAACAGCAGUUGGAGAAACUCAAGGCGGCCGAGCUGAUCAGCAGGAAACUGCCCGAGAAGAUCGCCGAACUCGAGGAGGAGCUGCGCAUCGCCAAGGAGCAACUCAGGCACGAGAUAGACGAUAAGAUUGAUCUCACGAACGCCGCUGCCAGGAAAGAAAAGGAAUAUAUCCAGCAAUUAGAAAAUGUGAACAAGCACAAUCAAGGCUUGAAACAGGCUGUGGAGCAACUGAAUGAACGUUUGAAGUCGGCUGAGAAGGCAGUCAGAGAGGAUGCAAAAAUGCAAAUAGAAAAGGAGAAAGCGAUGCUGAUCCAGGAGCAGGACGAGGAGCGGAUGGCGUACCAGAAGCUGCUGGCCGACCAUCAGGAGCUGCAGAGCCGGUACGAGGCUGCGCUGAAGCCGACUCCGGCCCCGAGAGGUCGUCGCAUGUCGAACGACGCGCCCGAGGAGGACUCGGGCAUGUGGGGCGAGGAGGACGUGGGGCUGGUGUUGAAGCUGCAGCAGAAGGUGCGCGAGCUGGAGCGGGAGAAGGAGCGCUUCCAGCAGCAGGUGGAGAAGUUCGAGACGCGAUCAGAGGCGGGCGAGGAGGUGGUUCGGGCCAAGGACCACUUCCGCCUCCAGGAACUGGAGAUGGAGAACGAAAAGCUGCGGACGAGCAUGACGGCGCUGAAGAACGCAGCCUCGGACAAGGACUCGUCGGGCGUGGCGCGCGAGUUGUCGCGGCAGACCGAGGCCCUGACGGAGGAGUUGGUGCGCAGGAGGGAGGAGUGCAUCCAGCUCAGGUGCGUCCUGGCCUCGCAGACGCAGACCCUCGAGUACGGCAGCGAGAGCGAGUUGAUCAACGAGGACGGCGAACUCAUCAUGGCCCUGGAGACGCAGAAGAAGAUCAACCGCCAGCUGGAGGAGGAGGUGCAGAGUCUGCGGAAGCGCCACGAGAGGCGCGAGGCCGAGUGGCGCGCCGAGGAGGAGCGGCUGCGCGAGGAAACCGACGCCCAGCAGAAGAUCCUGGCCAUCGGCCUCAACGGCAGCCCCCAGUCGCAGACAGAGGCCUACAUGCAGCACGAGAUCAGGAGGCUCACCGGCGAAAACUUGGAUUUGCAAGAGAAAAUCGACAGCCUGAUGGAGCAGCUGCGGAAACAGCGCAAGGCAAGCAAAGUGAAAAGGCGCGACGGCGACACCCUUCCGAUGGCCAAACAGGAUCAGUUGCCCGAGUCGACGUCGCCGCAGCCGCAACCGCCCGUGCCUGUGAUGCGCAAGAAAGAGCGCGACUACAUGGGCAUGUUUGAGUACCAGUCCGGAGAGGAAACACUCAUCAUCAGGAGAAUCAUCUACGAGUUGAAGCCGAAGGUGGCCGUGACCCUUCUGCCAGGGCUGCCCGCCUACAUCCUCUUCAUGUGCAUCAGGCACACGGACUUCAAGGACGACGACGAAAAGGUGCGCACGUUGCUGACCAACGCCAUCAACGGCCUGCGCAAGGUCAUCAAGAAGCGCUCCGAGGACCUGGACACGCACGUCCUCUGGCUCAGCAACACCCUGCGUCUGCUGCACACCCUGAAGCAGUACAGCGGCGACAAGGCCUUCCAGGCUGACAACACGCCGGCGCAGAAUGAGCAGUGCCUCCGCAACUUCGACCUCUCGCAGUACCGCCAGGUGCUGAGCGACAUCGCGAUCUGCAUCUACCAGGCGCUGAUGAAGCACCUGGAGUCGCGGGUGCAGCCACUGGUGCAGCCGGCCGUGCUCGAGCACGAGGCCAUCACGGGCCUGUCGUCGAACAAGCCGGCGGGCAUGCGCGGCCGGUCAGAGCCGCUGUCGCCGGUGGGCGCGGCGGCCGACGGCCGACUCGGCCUCAACUCGCUGCUGGACGAGCUGAGCUUCGUGCACCGGACGCUGGUGCUGCACGGCGCCGACCCCGAGGUCGUCACGCAGAUCUUCCGGCAACUCUUCUACUUCAUCUGCGCCGCCGCCCUCAACACGCUGCUGCUGCGCAAGGACCUCUGCCACUGGUCCAAGGGCAUGCAGAUCCGCUACAACAUCAGCCACCUCGAGCAGUGGUUGCGCGACCACCGCGUCUCCGACAAGAGCGUCGUCGACACGCUCCAGCCCAUCAUCCAGGCCUCGCAGCUGCUGCAGGCGCGCAAGACUGAGAACGACGUCGUCGCCGUCUGCGAAAUGUGCGACAAGCUCUCGGUCUUCCAGAUCAUCAAAAUACUUAAUUUGUACACGCCGGCUGAUGAAUAUGAGGAACGAGUUCCCGCCUCGUUCAUCCGGCAAAUCCAAGAACGGCUCGGAGAACGAGCCGAGUCACAAGGACAGGCUACUUUGUUGAUGGACUCAAAGUUCAGUUUCCCCGUCCGCUUCCCGUUCAACCCUUCGAACAUCAGGCUGGAGGACGUCGAAGUGCCGGACGUGCUGAACUUGCCAAUGUUGCGCAAGGUGUGAUCACAUGUAGCACGCCAGCAGAUCAUAAUAACAUUCCGUUUUGUUACGUUUGGUUUUACAAAGUGUUUAUUGUUGAUAAAGAAAGAUCAAGAGAGAGAAUCUAGAUUAAUUAUAUAUAUGAGAAUAUAACUGUUUCCUUGGUUGUGCAGAACCAAAAUGAAAAAAAAACGCAUUUUCUUGCAUUUUUCCUUCUACGAAAUGAGACGCGAUUUCGAAGACAAUAGACCUUUAUUAGUUUCAUCCUUAAAUAUUCAUAUAAGAUCAAUUCAUAGAGUGUUUGAUAUUGUUUCCGCACUUAAAUUGCGUCAUUUUCUGAUAUCCUAUCGUUAAUAUAAUAUAUAUUAUUAUCAGAGAGCUGAUUCUAAAGCACUUGUCCUUAUUGUCGUUUGAUGAGAUAUUAUUAUGUCAUACAUGAUUCCUUAUUUUUGUUUAAAUUAUUCUCCUGCGAGAGUCUUUCGUCUAACAAGUUAUACAGUUAUUUACACAGCAUAUUGUCGCUUCGUAUGUUUUUUACACAUUAAAAACCAAGUUCGGUGUGUAUAUAGGCCUAGGCAAAAAGGUUAUACAAAUCAUUGCGCGUGGAAACUCGAACGGCGCUGCUCGGAUUUUUAUUGCCUUAAUUUUCGCUCUCACUGUUUUCUCACU